AUGUGGGUGCAGGUGGACACCCUCGCCAUCCAGCGGCUGCUCAGUGCAGCAGAGGAGGCUCGGGUAGAAACCACUUCCCAGCCCUGGCCAGAGCUGGGGGCGCAGGAGCGCAGCUGUGGACCCGGCGACCUGAGGCUGGCCUACAGGCACGGUCCGCGUGACGGGGUGCUGCUGGUCUGGCGCGCAGGGGAGUGGGGACACGUGUGGAACCAGGAGUGGACGCUGGAUGAAGCGUCUGUGGUCUGCAGGCAGCCGGGCUGCGGCUGUGCCGUGCGCGCCCCCAAAUACGUCCCGCUGCCUGGAGAGGUGGUGCGGCCCUGGCUCCACAACGUGUCCUGCAGGGGCGAUGAGUCCUCUCUCUGGGGCUGCAGCCUGGGGGCGUGGGCGCGGAGCCAGUGCCCCUAAGAGUGUGUGGUCGCUCUGUGUUCCAACGGCACUUUCCGGGAGGUCCGGCUGGUGAAGGGCCAAAGCCCCUGUGCGGGGCUCCCCGGAAUCAGGAAUGUGAACGGGGUCGACUGCCUCUGCGGCCUGCACCAGGAGGAGGCCACGGUGUUCUGCUGGGAGCUGGGGUGCGGCCCGGCGCUGCAGGCCCCCCGCCGAGAUGGGGGCGUCGCCAGGAAGUACAUGACCUGCGGGGGCACCGAGCAGACCAUCCGGAACUGCAGACUGAACAACAAGUUCCGCAGUGGCUGUGACUUGGGGCGAGAUGCCCAGGUGAUCUGCUCAGGACACACGGAGGCCCGGCUGGCGGGCGGCGACCACCCCUGCGCUGGGCGCCUGGAGGUGAGGCGCGGCCUGACCUGGGGCCGUGUCUGCGACGCCGACCUGGACCUGCCCACGGCCCGCGUGGUGUGCCGGGAGCUGCAGUGUGGCGUGGCCGUGUCCAGCCGGGGCGCCCACUUCGGCCGGGGCUCGGGGCUCAUGCGCGUGGAGGUGCUUCAGGGGGGCGCGUGGGGCACCUUGUGUGGUGACGGCUGGGACCUGGGGACGCCCACGUGGUCCGCCGGCAGCUGGGCUGGGGCCACGCUCAGCGCCCCAGGGGCCGCGCGCAUCUGGAUGGACGAGCUGAGGGCCACGAGUCUGCGCUGUGGCGGCGCCCGUCGGGGGGUUGGGGCCGGAACGACUGCGGGCACAAGCUGCCCUGAAGGCCGGACUCUGCCCGUGACCUUCAGCCUGGUCCUCGGCACGCUCCUGGUUGUCCUCUCGCUGGUCCUGGGGGCACAGUGGUUCCGGGGCAGAGGAGCCUGCGGGGGUUCCGAAACGUUGGGGAAUCUGCCCUCGGAAGGUGUGUAUGAGGACAUUGGAGUCGUCCCCGUGGGGGAGAAAGAUGAGGGGCCUCGAGCGUCCCGGGCCCUGGUGCUGGAAGAGGAGCGUGACGGUGCUGGGAGCCCGAGAGAGAUGCCGCUUGUGGUCUCAAGGACCAUGAGGCUGGAGAAGGUGAAUGUGAAGGUCUCUCUUGGACAGGAAGCCCUGAUGAGGGAGACGAUCAGGCACCGUCGGCAGCACCGUCGUGACGAUGUCGCCAUCACCAUCACUGUCGCUGUCGCUGUUAUCAUCAUCGGCACAGCAAAGGAAAUCAUGACUUGGGGAGCCCACAACUGCAGCUGA